GGCAAAAAUAUGCUACUAUAUAUAGUCAUAAUCAUUUCUAGUGAAGCCACGUCACAGAUUAAGUGUCAGUCACCCAGCAACGUUACAGAGUGUCGAUCAUUUUGAAUAGAGUUUUAUUUUGUUGUCGUUGUUAUGCAUUUGUAUGGAAACAGAGCACAGUUUUAUGCAGAGCAAUGAAACGGUGCAAUACCCAGCUAGGGAUGUUAGUUGGAACGUAAUAUAUAACAUACAUUGAUGGAAUGAGUUGUAGCGAAAGGUUUCUGCAUUUGAGAUGGCCAGUAAAUUGUGGAUAUACGGUAAGAAACUCACACUAUGGGGUGCAUUGGUUUCUUCUUUGCCAUUUAUGUUUAUUCCUGUGAUGGUGCUGUCGGCAUUCGGAAUAGCAAUUUCUGUUCCAUUGGGCUGUGCUGUUGGUGGCUAUGUUUGCUUCAGGAAAUGUUUGAGUGGAUUAUCUAGGAAAAGGCUUAUUGCCUGCAAGAGAGAAAAUUCUGGGAUGAAGAAAAAUGAAGCAGAAGCUGCAGGGCUUGGGGAGUGUCUACAGGGUAGUGAUGUGAAUGAGGAGUGUGCAAAAAUAACAUCUGAGCCUGUGGGUCAUUCACAGGUGCAAUAUGAAGAACUUCGAUCUGAAGCAGGAGAGAAUCUCGAUGAAAAUGAUCGUCGUGGUGAACCUCUCAUCUAUGAAGAAGGAUAUGAAGGCAUAAUUCCUGAGGUUAAACCCCUAGAAGAAGAACCCAAUCGACUAAAAUCCUAUGAAGAACCCCACCACCUUAUAAAACUCUGUGAAGUUGAUACACCAUUAAAAUGGGACCCACAUGAUCUCCCUAUUGUUGGAGGACAGACCCCUUCAGGUGAAACCCAUUCGAUGCAGAGCGAUCAAGUAAAAGUCCAUGGUGGAGUAGACCAAUUGACAUGGGACGUACAUGUCAAGAUCUCUGUGGAACGACGCAUCCCUGAAGAUGGAACCCAAUCUAAGCUCAUAGAUGAAGGAACAGUCUCUGAAGGAGAACCUCACUUGAUGUUGAACCCACAGGCCAUUCUUAUAGAGAAGACUGCUGCAAUAGAACAAACACCUAAAGAUGAAAGCCGUUUUAGUCAGGAGGAGGAAAUCAAAGCUUCUGAGGGAGACACUCAAUUGGCAAGGAACCCAGAUGCCUGGAUUGCUGUGGAAGAAUACAGCCUUGAAGAUGGAAUUCAAUCUAAGCUGAGUGUUGAAAUGGAGGUCUCUGAAGAAAUACCUCAGUUGACAAUGAACCCACGGGCCAUUCAAAUGGAGAAUAAUGCUGCAGAAGAACAAAAUUUUAAAGAUGAAACGAAGUAUAAUCUUAAGAAAGAAGCGAAAGCCUCUGACGGUGAAACUCGGUUGACAUCCGACAACCACCAUGCCCUUAGUGUGGAAAAGAUAUCUCCUACAGGUACCAAGCUUAGAGGAAGAGAAGAGGAAGAUGAAGAAGAAGAAUCCAAUGAAAUGCAAGAAUCUCCCACCAGCGAAUCUCGACAUGAACUAGGUGCAGAUUUGGAUCUUGAAAAGUUCUCCCCUCCAGACACCAAGCAUAAAAAAAGAGAGGCGGAGGAGGAAAGGGAAGAGAAACAAUCCAGUGAAAUGCAAGAAACUACAUCUAAAAAGUUUCUCCAUAGACAUGGUGAAGAAUUGGAUUCAGAAAAUUUGCCUCAUAGAGACAUCAAGCAUAGAAGACGAGAAGAGGAUGUGGAGAAAUGGGAAGAGGGAGAAGAAUCCAAGGGAAUGCAAGAAUUUUCUCCUAAUAGGUCUAGGAAUGAACAAGGUGCAGAACUGGAUGGGGAAAAGCUCUAUCCUACAAAAACCAAGUAUAAAAGAAGAGAUUUGGACGAGAAAGAGGAGGAAAAGUCCAGUAAAAUGCAAGAAGUUCCGUCUAAAAGAUCUUACCACGAAGAUGGUCGAGAAUUGGCUUCAAAAAGGCUGUCUCCUAGAGACAGGAAGCAUAGAGGAGGAGAAGAGGAUGAAGAGGAAGAAAAAAAGGGAGAAAUUUCCAAGGAAAUGCAAGAAAUUCCCUCUGAUAGAUUUAGCAACGAACAAGGUGCAGAACUGAAUGUGGAAAAGCUCUCUCCUAGAGAUACAAAGCAUAAAAAAGGAGAGGAGGACGAGGAGGAAGAAGAAGAAGAACUAAAAUCCAACAAAUUGAAGGAAGUUCUGUCUAAAAGGUCCUGCGAUGAACAAGAUUCAGAAGUAGAGCUGGCACCAUCAACACCAUACAUUGACAAUGCAUUUAGAGAUGGAAACCAAACAACUCCUGAAACAAGCUAUGUUUCAGCUGCAUUAUCCAUUCAAGCUGUAAGCCCUCAUGGAGUCUCACUUCCGGGGUCUGAGUAUGAUGCUGCUUCAAGUUAUAAUGAUGUAACAGAUAUUGAAACCACACUUAGUCUUGAAGUCCAAAUUUCUUCAGCUUCUGGAUCUGAUCAGGACUCCAAAUCUGUAUUAGAAAGCUCUAUCGAACUGGAUUCGGAUGACAACGACGACGAUGGAAAGAUCUGGGAAGAAAUUCAUGCAGUAAGAAAGAUUGUAGGAUACAAAGAAGAUCCACACCCAUCUUAUGCUGAAGAAAUAAAGGCACUUUAUGUUUUCACAGGUGUUGAACCUCCUGCAUCUCUUGAAAAUUCCUUCGAUUUAGUUAAGGCAAAAGAGAAACUCAAGUUUCUUAAAGUUGUAGUUGGAGUCAAAUAAGAGUACUUUUUAGAGAUAGAUUCAUAAAUUGACAACAUCUCGAGGCAUCUUGAGACCAAAUCUUUGUCUCACAACUUUGCUUUAUAUUGCAGGCCACAGUUUGACUAUUUCUUAAUUGUUUGUUUGAA